CACCAACCAAACACAAAUGUCGGCAGCUGCGUCGUCGUCCAAGUCCAGCGGGAACAUGAACUUCCAGGAGAAGGACCGCGAGAACGACGUCCGCGUCUCGAACAUUGUUGCGGCCAAGGCUGUGGCGGAUGCGGUGCGGACCUCGCUCGGCCCGCGUGGCGCCGACAAGAUGCUUGUCGACGGCAAGGGCGACGUGACCAUCUCGAACGACGGCGCGACGAUCAUGUCCAAGAUGGCAGUCGUCCACCCGGUGGCCAAGAUGCUUGUGGAGCUCUCGCGCGCGCAGGACGUCGAGGCUGGUGACGGCACGACGUCUGUUGUGGUUCUGGCCGGCUCGCUCCUCGCCAAGUCGCUCGAGCUCCUCGAGAAGGGUGUGCACCCGACCGUCAUUGCCGAGGGUUACCAGCAGUCGCUCGACUACGCGCUCGACGUGCUCCGCGGUAUGGCGCUGCCGUUGACGCUCGACGACCGCGAGUCGCUGCUGAAGGCCGCCUCGACCUCGCUCAACUCCAAGAUUGUCUCGCAGUACUCGUCGCUCCUUGCCCCGAUUGCCGUCGACGCCGUGCUCAAGGUCAUCAACCCGGAGCUCGACAACAACGUCGACCUCAACGAGAUCAAGGUCGUGACCAAGCUCGGCGGCACCGUCGACGACACCGAGCUCGUCGAGGGCCUUGUCUUCACCAAGCUCAAGAUCCGCGCCAAGGCCGGCGGCCCGCAGAAGGUCACCAACGCCAAGAUUGGCCUCAUCCAGUUCCAGCUCUCGCCGCCCAAGACCGACAUGGAGAACCACAUCAUUGUCUCGUCGCACGUGCAGAUGGACCGCAUCAUUGCCCAGGAGCGCAAGGAUGUGCUCAAGAAGGUCAAGGCCAUCAAGAAGUCUGGCUGCAACGUCCUCCUCAUUCAGAAGUCCAUCCUCCGCGACGCCGUCUCGGACCUCGCCCUCCACUACCUGUCCAAGAUGAAGAUCCUGGUCGUCACCGACGUCGAGCGUGCCGACGUCGAGUUUAUCUGCGACACCGUCGGCUGCUCGCCCAUCUCGCACAUCGACCACAUGUCCGCCGAGAAGCUCGGUACCGCCGGCACCGUCGAGUCGCUCGGCACUGGCGCCAACCGCUACAUCAAGAUCACCGACGUGCCUAACCCGGGCAAGACCGUCACCAUCCUCUGCCGCGGCUCCAACAAGCUCAUGCUUGCCGAGGCCGAGCGUUCCAUCCACGACGCCCUCUGCGUCAUCCGCUCGCUCGUCAAGGAGCGCUUCCUUGUCGCCGGCGGCGGUGCUCCCGAGAUGGAGGUCUCGCAGGCCCUCGACAAGCACUCGCGCACCAUCCCGGGCGUCAAGUCGUACUGCAUGCGCGCCUUUGCUGAGGCCAUGGAGAUCAUCCCUUACACCCUUGCCGAGAACGCCGGCCUCUCGCCCAUCAAGAUCGUCACCGAGCUCCGCAACCAGCAUGCCGAGGGCAACGCCCAGGCUGGCAUCAACGUCCGCCGCGGCUCCAUCACCAACAUGGUCGACGACGCCGUCAUCCAGCCGCUCCUCGUCUCCGUCUCGGCCCUCAAGCUUGCCGUCGAGUGCGCCCGCGGCAUCUGCAAGAUUGACGAGAUCGUCUCCUCCAAGUGAACCCACUCCAUUAUCCCUC